AUGGCUUCAUCCUCGUCGAGGCCAGUCGCUGUGGCCGGUUCGUCUGCCCAGAUCGACGAUGCGGACAUCGUGCAAGAAAUGUACAGGCUCCUGGGUAAUCUGACUCGCAGCUUCGUACCGGCCACACGCAAGAAGCGAGACGAGACGAAAGACGAGAGAAGGACACGCAAGGAGCUCAAGGAUGCACUCGAUGACAUGGGGUACGACAUCAUCGAGCUCAAAGCGGAAUCGGCCUCUUCAACGCAGAGGCCAGACCAGAGCUAUGUGGUCGACUCGAUCCGACGCAAGAUCAAUCGGCUAUCCGUAGAUGGAGGCUACGAGUCCGCGACUCGAUUCGCAAACGUCCUCUCCAGGCUCGAAGGCUCGAGCGAUCUGCGUCACCUGCCUGGCAUGCUCGAGCUGCUGGAUGCACUCGCGUUCACCGCCAGCAAUCCUGGCGCAUUUGCAACUCCUGCCUCGCGAGCGGUAUCGUCUAGCACCAACAGACGCGAGCCGGACACGAGGGCGACUCCGUACACGAUCGCAGAUACGCCCGCCACCAACGCGCCUUCGACUGCACCGACCAGAGCCCACGUCAACUCUCAACCGUCUGGUAGUCGGGCACCAUCGUCACGUCCUCGCACAGCAGCCGCCGACACGAUACCUACGAAAGCAUCUCAAAACAUCCCCGAUCCGCGCUCGCUGGGGAAAUCUGCAGAGACUCGCAAGCAGCUUAUCUCGGCUUCUGACCUGCGCAACAACGGCCAGGUAGUUUCGAAGGCCCAAUUGCUCCGAGACCUGAGGCAAGAAUUGGGCAAGAAGCAGAUCCCCGAAGAUGAGCUGCUUCAAGACGUCAUCUUCCUUAUGCAAGGUAUCAACGGCCGUCAUGUGCGAUUCCAAGAGGAGUUCCAGUAUGACGUUGCAGUGGCAGCACCAUUAGCUGAGGGCGAGACAGCCGGUCCGGCCAAAGUGGUCAGAGUCGUGUUCAACGAAGGCGAAGCAGGCUACAUCCAUGCACCCACCAAGCGGAUCCUACAUCGGCUUGCUGAGCUUGGCCAGCUUUAUAAGAGGGUCUCGGAGUUUUCACAGCAACGAAGCGCGAUGCCGGCUUCGGGACUCAUCAUGCAGAGUCUCUGCCAUUUCAUUUCGAACGAGCUGACCGGCUUUUACCGGCUCGUGGCCAGCUUAGAGGCGCAGAUGAACAUCCGAACCAGGGACGGUCCAGGAGCGCCGCAUGACGUCGAAGUGCGAGAAGGAAACGCGAGCAAGGCAACUUCCACCGCCUAUGUCACCCUCAAACGACUCUCCUUGUGGACGGAAGAAAUGACGCUGCGCUUCCGACUCAUGAGCACCAUCAUCGAGAGCUGUCAAGAUGCGCACGGCGGAUCGCUCGUGUCUCUGAUCCAUUCCUACACCUUCAACGGCGAUCCUUUUAUCCGCAGAUUCACUUCUGGUCUGCUCGACGAGGUGUCGAAGCCCUUCUUCCAUUCGUUGUCCUUGUGGAUCUACGAGGGCGAGCUGCAGGAUCCUUUCCACGAGUUCUUUGUCGAACUCAACGAUGACCCGCGCAGAGCCAGUCAGAGCCGUUCGGGCUCAAAUCCCCCUGACGGGGAUUUGCCAAGCUUCACCGAUCUGGACGGCGACGCCGCAUCUCUGUGGCAGAACAAAUUUGUCUUUCGCAAGGACAUGCUGCCGAGCUUCCUGCAGGAGUCGUUCGGACGCAAGAUCUUUUCGACAGGCAAAAGUCUGAACUUCAUCCGACAAAGCUGCGGCGACGGCGAUUGGGUUGCCACGCGGCACACACUCGCUGGGCCUAGUUCCGAGCUGCGGUACACGGAUCUGACUGGACUUGAGAGCACCAUAGAGAGGGCGUUUACAAGUGCAAGCAAACGCCUGCUCGACAUUUUCCUCGACGAGUUCAGACUGCUCGAGCAUCUACGAGCGCUCAAAGACUAUCUUAUGCUGGCACGGGGCGACUUUGUGGACCUGCUCAUGGCCUCGUUGGGUCCGAGCCUUAGUCGUCCAGCCAAUUCGUUGUUCCGACACAACCUCACCGCAUCGCUCGAGACCGCGAUUCGUGGCUCGAAUGCGCAACACGACGACGCCGAGAUCCUUCGCAGGCUUGACGCACGCAUCCUCGAGUUUAGCACGGGCGACACUGGUUGGGACACGUUCACGCUCGAGUACAAGCUGGAUUCGCCGGUCAACACGGUGCUUGACAAUCAGGCUAUGGUCGGGUACCAGACCAUCUUUACGCAUCUGUGGAAGAUCAAGCGGGUGGAGCUUGCGCUCAAUUCGAGCUGGCUUCGACUGCACGAGACUGGCACUUCGUUGUGCAGGAUCAAGCGAGGCGGCGGCAACGCAGUGUUGGUGGACUUGCGACGCGAGUCGCAACGGUCGAUGCUGAUGCUUUCCGAGAUGAUCCACUUUAUCCGACAGAUGCAGGGCUUCGCACAGCUCGAGGUGAUCGAAUACUCGUGGAACGAUCUGUUGACCUUCUUCUCGAGGCGACAAGGCGAUCUGGACGAGCUCAUUGAAAGUCACCGCGCCUACCUGAACGCAUUGAUUGGCAAGGUGCUGCUGCGCGGCGGCAAGAAGGGAUCACAGGACUACUUGGCGGGCGAACUUCGGGCGCAGUUUGAUUCGAUCCUAGCCUUUACGGUUGCUGCGGACGACCUGACCCACCUGAGCACGCGGGAAUUGGCGCGAUUCGACAUGGAACGCGGACACGUUUCGGUGCCAACCGAGCGUGGAGCCCGGUCGCGAACCGUGUCGACGACGGCGGCAGCGGCAGCAGCGGCAGCGUCGGCUGCAAGCGCUCUGUCGCUUGCCCCGAGCGAUCCAGCCGAGCUUGCGCGUAUCAGCAAGCGCUUACACGAGACGUCGGGAGCGUUCCAAGAGAGGAUGGUGUUGAUCGUCGGGGCGCUGGAGAAGCACGCGAACUUGACUGUGCGCGAUCUAGCGGUGAGGCUCAACUUCAACGGCCGAUAUGAAGUGGGAACGCAUCGAGCGGGCGGCGCGGCCAACGCCUCAACGAUUGCGGGUGGCACUGUGCAAGGACGCAAGAAGGAGGUUGCCACCGCUCCGUUGGCAGCUGCUGCAUCGUGA